AUGAGUAACAACAGCAAUAAUAAUAAUAAUAAUAAAAGGAAAACUAUAGUUCCUUUACUUCAACCAUUACAAAUCAAUACAAAGAUAUCAUCGUUGUUGAGUGAUCUUGAUGACAGUGAUGAAGAGUUACAGAUUGAAGAAGACGAUGAUGCUACCUCUCAAGCUACUGCAACAACAUCGACAACAACAACAACAACAACCACCACUGCAGCAACAAAAGUAAAUGCAAAUACAAACAAAACAACAGCGAAAAAAACACCGACUAAAACAUCAACAACAUCAACAAUAUUAACAACACGACACGAAAUAGUGAGAACUACCACAAACCAACCAGAACUUACUUCAACAAGCAAUUCAACAACAAGUAUUCCAACAACCUCGACAGACAGCACAGCAACUCCAACAACUUCUACAACUUCUACUGGCAGUCCAACAACUUCGGCAACCUCAACAGGUUCUACAAGUAUUCCAACAACAACAACAACAACUCCCGAAACAACAAAUAAUAAUAAUGAAAAUAGUGUCAAUAAUGUAAAUAAUAAUAAUAAUGGAAAUGAAUUACCGAUUUUAUCAAUUGAGUCACCACGACUUGGUUCAUCUACUACGCAGCAGACACAAACAACACCUUCUACACCUUCGACACCACAGAUAUCAUCACCUCCUUUGACUGGUGUGAGGAGAUUGAAUACACCGACACUUUCUCAUCGUGGAAGAAAAAGAAAGAAAGACGAUGCUGCAGUUUCCGAUGAUACACUCGACAUUAACAUUGAGAUACAGAGGCGAAAGGAACGAGCGGAAUACUUUGACAAGAAUCCUCAGGAGCUACUCGAAGCCAUUCGUAAUGUCAUAUUCAAGUUUCAACAAUCGACAGAGUUUACAUUUUCGACGUUCAAGGAGAUCUGGAAGCAAGAGGCUUGUCUCCUCGAGUUCUUUGAGAUACAGCCACACCAACCAGAACUUAUACACAUCCUCUACUACGGUGUCAUAGGAUACACUCUAAUGAAUCAACCGGUCAACAGUAAAUCUGCUAUCGUCUACUUACUCUACGUAUUGUACACCUGUCAAAUUAUACAACCACCAAUACCAAUCGAUAUAACUUUAAAUAUAUGGGAUGGUUUAAUGUUGUAUUUCAACUGUUUCAAGUUGUAUAGACUUGCCGAGCCAUAUCAUGUGUUUAAGAUACUUAUGGAUAGAGGUGCCUUCCACUUUUCGGCUUCGUUGCAUCCGGUUGCAUCAUUACCAAUCUUCAAGACCAAUAGUACGACUGUAGGUGCAACAGUGAUACCCGUUGACUUGGUUGGUGUCAAUCUUCUCAAUGGUUUAAUCAAUCUUGAUCAUCUAAAAGAUAUACAUGAACAAUAUAAUCAAGCGAAAAAAGGAAACAAUCCUACAGUACCUAUAUCAUUAAAUAUUACAAAACAAGAUUUCUAUUCAGAUAUAUAUAAUCUAUUGGAAGACAACACUGUUAAGAAGCUAGAGAAUAUGUUGGUCAAUAAGAUACCUGGAUUACCAUAG